AUGACUUCCUUGGGUCCUAUGCCCCCUCACGGGCCCGACGUGACGGGCACUCAUCCUCAGUAUGAGGAAAUGCACCCGACCGAGAAGGAUGCCUUCGACAAGCUGCUCCGCCCUGACGACAGCUAUACCCCCGAGGGUGUCUACUGGGCGGAUUUGCCCAUCAUGCAGCGUCUCAAGUUCGUCAACAGCGUCGACAGCGCCGAAGCCCGCAAAGAGUUGACCGCCAUCGGCCAAAUGAUCAAGGCCGAUCCCCUCUCGCCUGUCAGCUACUACUUCAAGAACAUGGUCUUGCCUGGUGCCGGUUUGCUUUUGGAAGGUUACGUCUUGUUCUCCGUCAGCACUGUCCAGUCGCUUUUGGCCGAUGCUUUUCCUGAAUGCUGGGGUAAACACCAGACUUGUAACGGCACCUGGAUCAAUGCAAUGACCUAUUUGGAAAUUGCUGGUAUUAUGGUCGGUCAGAUUCUUGUCGGUUAUCUCGGUGAUUGGAUUGGCCGUCGCUGGGGUCUUAUUCAGGAUGCCGCCAUCAUGUUUGUCGGUCUUCUCAUGCUUACUGCUGCCUACGGUGUUACCGAGAACGGCUGGGUUAUCUGCUACGCCUGGUCUCUUUUCUUCUACAGUAUCGGUGUUGGUGGUGAAUACCCCAUGACUGCCACUUCGGGUAUGGAGAACGCCGUCGGAUCUGGUCGUAUCUCUACCCGUGAGGAUCGUCUCCACCGUGGCCGCAAGGUCGUGAGCGCCUUCUUGAUGCAGGGUUGGGGUCAGUUCCUCAACCAAGGUCUUUUGAUCAUUCUAUUGAUUGUCUUCCACCACGGUUCUGGCGGCUACCCCUACUCCAAGGUUGCUGCUCAGUGGACCUACCGUGUCUCCUUUGCUAUCCCCGCUGUUGGAACACUCUGGCUCACCUACUACCGUGCCUAUCACAUGAAGGCUGCCUCCAAGCAGCUCCAAGCUAUCAAGAAGAAGUCCUCCGUCACCGGAUACGAUGUCGAGUCAUUCCGUCUUACUUUGAAGUAUUUCGGUCCUCGUCUCUUCGCCACCAGUUUCGGCUGGUUCGCCAACGAUAUCUUCUUCUACGGCAACAAGCUCUUCCAGAGUCAAUUCAUCACUGUCAUUUUGCCCAAGGAAAGGUCCUUGAUGCCCGGCUGGCUAUACAACUUGCUCAACAUCGGUGUCUCCCUCGUUGGAUACUACCUCGCAUCUUUCCUCAUCGACAACAAGUUCUACGGCCGCAAGUGGAUGCAGCAGAUCGGUUUCUUGAUGUGCUUCGUUUUCUUUGUCGUCCCCGGUUUCCACUACCACUACUACACCAGCAAGGCCCACAUCCAUGAGUUCCAGGCCAUGUACUUCUUGUCCUCUUUCUUCAACCAAUUUGGUCCCAACUGUGUUACCUUCUUGGUUGCCGCCGAAUGUUUCCCUGCUCCCAUCCGUGCCUCUGCCCACGGUUUCGCUGCUGCCAUGGGUAAGCUCGGUGCUUUGAUUGCCGCCAUUGUCUCCUCCUACACCAGCGUCCCCCAACGUUUCUACAUCUGGCCCUGGUUCGGUCUUGCCGGUAUGCUCUGCACCUUCCUGUUCCUCCCCGACACCACCGGUCUCGAUCUUAAGGAACAAGAACGUCGCUGGUGGUACCUCCGUAACGGUCGCGAGCACGACUACCACGGUGUCGCCAUCCACCCUCAACACUUGUCCGUAUGGGAACGUCUUCGCGGCGUCGGCAAAUACUACGACGCCGAACUCGAUUACAAGCAAAAAGUCGACGACUACCGUCAGGAGUGGGAGACCGGCAUUGCUCGCAAGCUCGAGAAUGAAGCUGGUGAAAUCGACGUUGAUACCGAGGACACUCUCUUCGAGGGUCCCGUCCACAAUUACUUUGAGCGUACCAGUCCCAUGUUCCGUGGCACUGAGAAGCUUGGUGGUCAGACUUUCUCUAGUCUGCCUCCUGCCGCUCACUCUUCUGAGAGUGACUCCAUCGAAGCUGCUGCGACUGUGACAGAGAAGUAAACAA